AUGCACCUCCAAACCCUCCUCCUCACUCUAACCCUAACCCUCACCAUCCAAACAACCGCAACACCCCUCCCAACCACCCUCUUCACCCGCAACCGCAACAACGCAGCCCUAACCGAAUCCCAACUCGUCACCAUCGCCCCCUCCUCGAAAUCCUGCACCGACGCCCCAGCAGCAGGCGAAUGCGCCACGGCAAAACAAGCCGCAAAGUUCACCUCCCAGUCCUUCGACACGUACAAAGUAACCUCGAAAGCCGAGCAAGCCGCCGUAAUCAGCCUGAUGGCGUUCGAAAGCGGCGAUUUCAAAUAUAAUAAGAAUCAUUUCCCGGGUGUUGCUGGGCAGGGUACACGGAACAUGCAAUCCCCAUCCUUCAACAAGAAAUACGCCGCGUCCCUGCCUGCACUCAAAGAUAAACUCGCUACCGUUAACGGUCCCGCUGAGCUCCUUGAUCUCUUGCGCAACGACGGUGCGACGGACUUCGGCUCUGGUGCUUGGUUCUUGACCACGCAGUGCUCGAAGGAGGUGCGGGCUGCGCUGGCUGAUGGUUCUGAGACUGGGUGGCAGCGGUUUAUCUCUGAUUGUGUGGGGACUUCGGUUACGGAUGAGAGGAAGGAGUAUUGGGAGAGGGCUGUUAAGGCUAUUGGUGUUUAG